AUGAAUUUGGAUUUCCAUUUUGCUGAAUUCUAAACUCCUUAAAAGCCAUAUUAUGUUAGAUCAAGUCAUAAACACAACUCAAGUUAGCCUUAACUAUCAAAUUACUUUAAAGAUGUUUAGGAACAUAAAUAAAAUCUCUCUAAAGUUGGUUAAGAAUCCUUAAAAAAAUGGGAUUUCUUUUCUGACCCAUUUAGUUUACCUGAAAAAUAUUUAAGUAAUUCACAAAAAAAAAUAAAAACCGAAACAACAGACUUUGGAUUUGAUAGUAUUGAUUUAAUUUUAGGAAAACAAACAGAUCGAAACAGUUCAACAUCUCUAAAAGUGAUUCAUUAGAAAACUCAAUCAGAAAAACUGAUAGGCAAAAAAGUACAAUUUUCAGAAUUAGUACAAGUGAAGAACGAUGAUGGAAGUGAAACUGAAGAACCUAUUUAAGUAUUUUCAAGGAAGGAAACAAGAAAAAGUAAGUUUUCAACAUCAGGUCAGCGACCACUUGAUUCAAUUAGAAAAUAAUGUUGA